AUGGCCCUCCGCCACCGCCCACCGUUUCUUCCCGAUGACAGCCACGUCCUCCGCGACGAGGAGGCCGGUCGGUGGCCGCAAGUGCCAGAGGAGGCUCAGGCCGGCGACUCGUCGGUCGAGGCCGAGGCCAAGUUGCACCACUCGCCGUGGUCGCUCUCGGCUCCACGUGUUCUGCUGCCGCCUGUCCCGCAACGAGUCUCCAUGUGUCCGUGGUGGGAGGACGAUCCAGAGUGCAAAGCCGUGGCAGAGGUCAUGUCGGUGAGCGAGUUUGUUCGGCUCGACAAGCUCCAGCAGGCAGUCGACGUCGCGACAGGCAGCGGUCUCCUCCAUCUCGCAGCAGGAAGUCGUGAAGAUGGUGUGCCUGGCGAACGGCUAGAGUGGGCAGCGACAGAGACAUGGUGGGGAGACGAUGAGGUCGGCCGCGGCAUUGCCCCCCACCUGGCCCUCGGCAGCUCGGCGGUAGCCAACCUCGGUCCAUCCAACGGAACGAGCGGGACCCGCGGCUGCUGGGGCUGCUACCAGCCAAGCAGCGUUGCUGCCGAGACUCUGGCCUUGGGUGUUCUGAACGCAAUCGCGUUUCCGAUGUGGCGUGGUCACACCCGCGACAACGUCUACGCACAGCUUGCCGGCCAAUGGGUCAUCGGGGUCCACCUCCGGAUGGAGUCGGACUGGCCGACUACCAUUGACGGGAGUGUGUGGCUGGAGAAGCGGAUUGUGCCGCUCAUUUACCAAGCUAUGGCCACCACUGUCGACCUUGACCGGCCGGCUGGAUGUACGGUGUUUGUCGCGACCGGCCUUGAGCGUGACUCGGGGCCCAUGCGCCAGCUUGCCGGUGCUGUCCGCGGCGCAGGCUGCUGGCUCCGCACCAAGGCCGGGCUCGUUGAUGAUUUGGAGUCGCUCUCACUCACAGAGAGAGCCGCAGUCGACAUGAGCAUUCUCACCAGCUCGGCCCACAUGUUCAUCGGCCACUGCGAUUCGUCGCUCACCUUUCACGUCCUCCUCCGCCGCGCCCUCACCGGCAUCGGCCAAACCGACGCGUGCUGGUCGUACGGUGGCUACAGCAGCUCAUUCUCGGCUUCCUUUUUCGAGCGCUUCUACUUUACCGAGGCCCACCGCGAGGCGAUUAACGGUGUCACAGACGACCGCUAGUUUGUGGUUCGUGGGACAGGCGGCAGCGCCUGUCGUGGGACCGCCGGCAACGACGGCGGCACAGGCAUCGAUGUCAGUCCAUCCUUGGCAAGCGAGGUAGAGUGAGAGCUCGAGGCUGGAGUCUCGCCCGCGCUCGAGUUUGAGCUCGAGCUCGAGGUCGAGCUCGGGGAGCCACUUGGGGCUUGAGCUGCGGGCGAGCCAGAGUCGGAGCUCGACUCGAGGAACCGCUCGUGGAUGUGGUGGAUGGGCGUGACAAUCUCCGGGUGCUCCAGAUCCAGGACAUGGCGAGAGACGAGGGCAAGGAAGGCCUCGUCGCGAAUACAGAGCUCGACAGCGUCGGCUGCCUCGGCGUCCUCGACAAGGCGGCCAGAGCGGUGGAACUUGACGGCGGCGCCAAGCUCCUCGAGAGCGGCAGCAAGGAGCGCAAGGAGCGACAGGCCUAUGGCGGUAGCCGCGACGACGGCGACGGCAGCGUACGAGGUCGAGGUGGGAAAGUUGUCGGCCCAGAAGAGGAUGCCGCAAGUGAGGAGGAUGAUGAUGGCGAGGCUGAGCCGCUCCUCGAGGGUGUUGUGGACGGGAAAGUAGAACGGCUGGUGCUUGAUCUGAAAGACACCAAAGGCGAGAAAGAUUGCGAGAAGGGCGCCGAAGAGCCAGACUUCGACUCGCGAGAAGAAGAGAGCGGCCGAGACAAUCAUCAGUCGCUUCAUCAGCUGGGCCACCUCGUACCAGUGAUACUUUGUGCGGUACGACAUGUAGAUAGGUCCGUAUCGGAGCUGAACCUCAACCUCACCGAGGGCGUAGCGAUUGCGCCAGAGGACAAUGGCAAAAAGGCCGGGAGCGCCACGACGUAGACUACCAGCGCCACC